UGUGUGGCACCAUAUUGUCUAUGCGCCUUAUCCACUGGCUGUUGUGGUCGUUAUAACUUCAAAUAUAGUGAUAAUACAUUCUCUGACAUUUGCUUCCCUCUUCAUAAUACCACCAAGAAUUCUCCACCAUGGCUUCCUCCAUUGUGUACCCAGCAAUACCUUCAGAGCUAUGCUCUAGAAAGAGUGCAAUUUUCUCUUCCUCAAAUGCACUUCUUGUCAAGCCCACAAGGACCCAGAUGGUGGGGAAGGGCAAGGGAGUGAGAAUCACUUGCCAAGCCACAAGUAUUGCCGAUGAUCGAGUUCCUGACAUGGCUAAGAGGGAGACCUUGAAUCUGCUUCUUCUAGGUGCUCUUUCACUUCCGACUGCAGGCAUGUUGAUUCCUUAUGCUACUUUCUUUGCCCCACCUGGAUCAGGAGGUGCUGGUGGUGGUACCAUUGCAAAGGAUGCCAUUGGCAAUGAUAUCAUUGCAGCUGAAUGGGUCAAAACCCAUGGCCCAGGGGACCGGACCCUUUCACAAGGACUAAAGGGAGAUCCAACCUACCUUGUUGUGGAGAAAGACAGAACUCUGGCAACGUAUGGAAUUAAUGCUGUCUGCACGCACCUUGGGUGUGUUGUGCCAUGGAACACAGCUGAGAAAAAGUUCAUUUGCCCUUGUCAUGGAUCCCAGUACAAUGAUCAAGGGAGAGUUGUUAGGGGACCUGCACCUCUGUCUUUGGCAUUGGCCCAUGCAGAUGUGGAUCCUGAUAAUGGAAAGGUUGUGUUUGUACCAUGGGUCGAAACAGAUUUUAGGACCGGUGAAAAUCCAUGGUGGGCUUGAUUCUCUUCUCAGCACGUCCCUCCAUCAUAUAUCCUAAGUUGAAAUGGGUAAUUAAUCAGAAUGUUAUGCACCAUUGCUUAAGCAUACUGUAACAUUGAUUUGAAAAGUUUGUAAUUUUAGCACCAAAAAAAAAAAAAAAAACGAAGGGUUGUAUUUUGUAAAAUGAAACAAAAGAUUUUGAUUCUGUCACCGUAAUUAUCUGAUAUUGACAGUUUCUUUUGUUCUA